GAGAAGAGGACGAGCGGAGACCCAGAGCUGCAGGAAGGGGAAAGCGGAGGAAAAGCUUUCGCGGGCUUAGUAAGACCGCACUCGGCAUUGUAAUAAAAAUAAGGAACACGCCAGACGCAUGCGCACGGCUAAGGGAGGCGAGUCGGCGGGUGCUUCCCCUCCAACUACUCUGGUGGACGGUGGAAUCCUUAUGGGAUCUGAACGGAUGGAGAUGCGGAAGCGGCAGACAGCAGCUGCCCAGGAGCCACCAGGCUCAGUCCCUGGCCAGCAUGGAGCAGGGAGUAGGGGUUCCAAUGCUUGCUGCUUCUGUUGGUGCUGCUGUUGUAGCUGUUCUUGCCUCACUGUUAGAAACCAAGAAGACCAGAGACUCACAAGAGCUUCCCAUGAGCUCAGAACAGACCUUCCAACCUGGGAAGAAAGCCCAACUCCUACUCUGGAAGAAGUCAAUGCCUGGGCUCAGUCAUUCGACAACUUAAUGGUCACUCCAGCAGGAAGAAAUGCUUUCCGUGAAUUCCUCCGAACCGAAUUCAGUGAAGAAAAUAUGCUUUUCUGGAUGGCUUGUGAGGAACUAAAAAAGGAAGCUAAUAAAAACAUUAUUGAAGAGAAAGCAAGGAUAAUAUAUGAAGACUAUAUUUCUAUUCUUUCUCCUAAAGAGGUCAGCUUAGACUCUCGAGUAAGAGAAGUAAUCAACAGAAAUAUGGUAGAGCCAUCCCAACACAUAUUUGAUGAUGCUCAACUUCAGAUUUACACCCUAAUGCACAGAGACUCUUAUCCUCGAUUCAUGAACUCUGCUGUCUAUAAGGAUUUGCUUCAGUCCUUAUCUGAGAAAACAGUUGAAGCAUAGGAGUUUGCAAAUAUAUUUAUUAUUAAAAAAAAAUAAAAGAAGUUCUGGACUAUGCCUAGCAAAGGGAAGUAAGAGGUAGUAAUGUCUACAGCUGGAGUUAUACUUGGGUUCUUUUAAUAACAGAUGCUUCCUUCCUUUGACAGAUGGCUACAUAUUCACAAUGUAAAUUGCAGCCAACUUUAGUGAUACUUCUGAGGAAAAAAUUGAAUAUGGCUGUUUUAGAAAGAUAGUAUAUUUACAUUUACAAUAACAGCAGCAUGUUCCCAAUGGCGAAGGAUUUGCUAAAAGACUCCACACUUCCUGGAGCAUGUACAUCCAUCCAUAGGAGCAAACUUGUUUUGCAUGAGUUCAGUAGUAACUGAUUACCCACAAAAGACAUUCCAGUUGUUUCUCAUAUACUCUUUCCUUCCAUCAAGCUUGGUCUGAAUACUUCACUUAUCAGUACCAUGAUAGGCCUAAAUUCACAUUUUAUAAAGAUGUGACCACUACCUGUAGAACUGAUAAAUAAUCCAUUUUAUAUCUUAAAGUAUGUACGUAUACAGAUACAUAUAUGUGCAUGUGUAUCUCUAAAUGGGUAAUGUCAAAGUACUGUGCUUUUAACUGGAUGAGUCCCAAAUAUUCUGUAAAACAACUGUGCUUAGAAAGUUCUUCUGUUGAAAAGAGUUACCAUUAUUUUGUUAUCCUAAUUUGCCAACUGAAAGAAUGAAUUUUUAAGUUCACAACUUGGUCAUGUUCACAACAAAACUUUCAAGUACACCUAUUUCCUUUUUAUUAUUGAAAGAAAUAUGGGCAUUUUCACUCUAAAAAAAUAAAGCACAAGAGUCUUAUCUCAGUCUUUAAUUUUUCAUAUGUAAAUAUCUUUGAUAUAUGCAACAUAUCUUUUAGCUUCCAGACUAGUAUUUUGUCUUUAGAUUCCUACUAUUUUUAUCACAGGCAAGUGGAAUGUCUUCAUAGCUUAUAGGCAAAUAAAUGGUUUGUAGCUCAAUCAUCCUGAAGAACCCCAUGUCUACAAUGAAUGGGGAAGACACAAAAUCUAGACUGGUUUCAGUAGUGGGUUAGAAAUUAAUUUGCAAGUGGCCCACAACAUACUUCAGCCCUCAUGGGGUAGUUGUCUCAUUCAACUCCCUAGGCCUUCAAACAGCCUAUCUGCACUACUCAACUCAAGCCCCUGUCCCUCAUUCUCAAUAAACCAUCUCACCUCCUACUCUAUAAAAAUUGUGUCCCUAAUUCUCUUCUACUUCCUGUGUAAUUUACCAAAUAUGUACAAAUCGGCAUCUAUUCUUGCCUCCUUCAGUCUCAUCCCAGAAAAUGUGUUCUUUUAAAAAUGUCAAUCGCUUACAUGUUCUUUUGCUUCUAUAUCUUCCCAUCUCAUUUUUCACUAAACAGAAUGUAUCAUUGUAAUUAAGACAUAAACCCUGAUCUCUAGUAGUUUAUGUCAGGUAAGGAAACAGACUGUCAAUGGCAACUGCAAAGUGGUAUAAUACCAAGUUAUAUGAGUAUUGAAGGGUUAUAAAAAAAAAAUUUGGCAGAGGUGGCACCAAAUCUAAAACUAACACAGAGCAAGAAUAUGCAUGUGCUAGUGGGAGAGGAGGUGAGUUUCCAGGUAGAAGGGAAGGUCUUCAUAAAUGAAGGGACCCUAAUUGAGUCCAGUUAUGGAUAUGGUGAGUAUGAGGUAAUUGUAAGACAUAAAAAGAGAUAGUGAGAAAUCAGUUGUGUGGAGGUAACUCAAUAGUCGAGAUUUAAGGCUGUAGUAUGGAUGUGGGAUUUCUCAGCAUGAAUACAAAUAAGAUUUUCUAGAAAGGCACAGCAAGAAGAGAGCUAAGGAUAAAUCCUAGUAAGGAUGGAUGGAGAAAUGAGAGUCCCAAAAGAGAUUUAGAAGGAUUCACCUCAACACAGGUAAGGAAGUCAGGAACAUGUAAAGCUAAGGCACAUGAAUAGGACAUGUUUCAAGCAGAAGAAUGGGAAUGUUUGAAGCAGGCAGUGGUGAAUAGUGGGAAGCACUCCUAAAGUAUCCAUCUGUUGACUUUCCCACUCUCCUGUUAUCAACUUCACCUUGGCCUUUCUGCACACUAUAAGCAUGCUCCAUUUCUCAGUUAAGGAUGAGCCUAUGUUACGUUGUUAACUCUUGAGUCUCCUUUCUCAUCAGACUUUCCACCACUUGCUGCCUCCGUCUCGCUUUAAUCCUGUUCAAACCAGUAGAGUGCAUCAGCUUACUCUAAGGGGGCCUCCACCUACAAGUUUAAACCCUAUUUUCUUUGUCUCAGUGGCCUCCUCUCAAUGAGUGCUCAGCUUCUUGAUAUCAUGAACAAUUCCUGGCUGGAAACACCCCUUCCCUGUCUUCUCAGGAUUCCUUCUACUUCUCCAUAUUCUCUGUCAUUUUUCUUUCUUUCCUCCCCAAGCAGGAGAGCAGGGCAGCUACCAGUAAUAAAAAUGGUAAUAAUGGUAUCUAGUACUGAACACUGCUAUGUGGAUUAAAACUAAUGCAUGUAAAAUCCAGUAUUACAUGUUACUGUUAUU